AUGGAAUGUCUAGGAAUAACUACUUCUGCAAAAUGUUUCUCUUCUCUCUUCUGAUUUUGCUUUCCUUCCAUGGUUCUUUUGGACACAACUGCAAUCUACCAAUUGAUAGAGGCAUCUGUGAUAAUCGCGAUUAUGAUUACAGUAAAGUACAGUUUGGUUGGAAUGCUGAAGUAGGACGAUGUGAUAUGUUUUCUUACUCUGGCUGUCGGGGCAAUGAAAAUAGAUUUUCUACCAGAAAUGACUGUUUAGAGAUAUGUGGCCCAGAACGAGAAUGCAUGGAACCAAUGGUUGCCGGUAACUGUACCGAGAUCCAAGAGAGGUACUAUUUCAACAAGCUAUCAGGAAUGUGUGAAGUAUUUGUCUACAGUGGUUGCCAGAGAAAUGGUAAUAAUUUUCACAGUAUGUACGAUUGCUUGAAGAAGUGUAAACCGCACCAUUCUCAUUGUUAUUUGGAACCUCAUCAAGGUGAUGGGUCGAAGAUAGAGAUGAGAUAUUACUAUGAUCCGGCACAUGAUACUUGCUACAGAUUGGACUAUAGUGGAAUGGGAGGCAACGAAAACAAUUUCUAUGAUUUCCGUUCUUGUAUACGGGAAUGUGCCUUGGAAAACAGACAGCUCUAAAUUCAAGACGGACGGACCCCAUAUUACAACAUCUUCAUAAUGUCAAGCUAUUACGAACUUCGUACAUGGACUACGACGGUAAAAUAAACUGCAUUUCACAAA